GCUGUCUCCGAAAACCAGAAGUCUUCUUAUACAUUCACACUACGUGGAAGUAUCGAUGUUAGUGCUAGUAAGAUGUUGACGCAUUAUCUGGAAAAGAACGAGAAACUGAGCGUAUGGGACAUCUGCGACAUUGAAAAAGGACCCGAAGAAUCUAUCGAUGGGUACAAGGAAUUGCACAGUACCGAAGGUGCCGAGCAAUGGGACAGCGCAAAAAACGCUGUGAUUCGACAGCAGCAGGUGAUUGACGCUUUUCGACCGGGACCGUCAAGAACUCGACGAGCUCUCACAAAGCUUCAAUCAAGCAAACUAAAGUACCGUGCUGCUCAAAGCUAUGAUUCUGGUAUCUCAAUCAGUGAGCCCAAUGUGGAAUCCACUGUUUGUUGUAUUAUGUGA